GUGAACACAGCACAGACCUGCCAGCAAAAACUAAACAAAACACAAUACAACAGCCUGCAAAGAGCAGUUGAAGAUAUCAAAGGUGACGUCAAUUCAAUUCAGAAACUUCUAAGUCCUGGCCCAGGAUUGCCUCGGGACCCCACUGCUUUUCUCUCUAUGCUGACAUCCAGAACGAGAGUGCAUGGACCCUGAGGUACCAGACUCUGCUCAGGCAGAGCAUGGCUCACUUCUGCUCAGGAAGCUGGAGAGGAUGAGAGCGUCUGAGGAGCUCACCGAUGUGGUGCUGCUGGCAGAGGGGAUUCCCUUUCCUUGCCACAAGGUUGUGCUGUCUGCAUUCAGCCCCUACUUCCAGGCCAUGUUUACAUGUGGUCUGAAGGAGACCCGGGGAGGAGAGGUAUCUCUCAGAGACACUCCUGCUCAGAGCCUGGAGCUGCUACUGGACUACAUGUACCGUGCUGAACUCCCCCUUUCCAAUGACAACAUCCAGGGAGUGGCUGCUGUGGCCUUCCUGCUCCAUGUGGACGGAGCCUUCAGGUUGUGUCAGAGCCACAUGGAGGCCAGUAUGGACGCCUCCAACUGUGUCGGUCUGUACCACUGGGCCAGAGACCUGGGGGCCACUGGUCUGGCUGACUGCGCCUUAAGAUACCUCUGCCAACACUUUGCACAGGUUUGUGUAGAAGAAGAAGUGCUGGACCUGGAUGCCCAAAGUCUUGGGAAUCUGUUGGGUUCAGAUGACCUCAACGUAUCGCAGGAGGAGGUUGUGCUGGAGCUGGUGCUGCGUUGGGUGGAGAGGCGAAGAGGGGACUCGCAGAGCGAAGCCCAGGCUGUGCAGUUACUCAGGCGUGUCCGGCUAGAGCUUGUGGACCCCGGAUUCCUCCGCAAAGCCAGGAGGAGAAACCCGGUGUUGCUGCGGGAUGCUGAGUGCUUUGGGAUGAUUGAUGCUGCUCUCCAGACCUCGGGUCUCUGUGAGAUGUCAGCUCCACCUCGCCCGGCUCUUCGCUAUGGCAUGGAGACCACUGACCUGCUGCUCUGUUUGGGCGGGGUUAAUAAAGAGGGAGUGCCUGCCCGCCGUGGAGGACUUGCCGACCUCAGCUUUUGCUUUGCCCCCAAUGCUAGAAAGACUUACUACAUCCCCUCUCCGCUGAGGGGCUGUGGAGGUACGGGCCAGAUCACAGCAGGGGCAGUGACACGAGACAACAACAUAGUGGUGGCCAUAGAGGCAGUCGACCAACACAGGAUGAAGAGGGUGGAUAUCUACAGGUAUGAUAAUUCAGAGGAGAAAACCUGGGUGGAGGUAUGCUCAGCAGCAUACAGGGACAUGUAUGCUUUAGGGCUGGUAGGCGAUGCCCUGUAUUUGAUAGGGGGUCAGAUGAAAGUGCGGAAUCACUACAUCAUCACAGACAGUGUGGAGAGAUGGUCGCUGAAGAGAGGAGGCAGCUGGCUCAGCUUCGCUCCUCUGCCUCUCCCUCUAGCCUGCCACUGCGCCGUGAGCCUGAAGGAGCAUCUCUAUGUGCUGGGUGGCUGGACACCACAGGAUCAUCCGGAUGAUGAGCCUGACAAGCUGAGUAACCGUGUGUUCCAGUUUGACCCUGGUAGGGACAGGUGGACAGAGUGUUCCAGGAUGAAGUACUCCAGGUACCGCUGCAGCACGGCUGUCCUCAACGGAGAAAUCUACAUAUUAGGUGGUAUUGGAUGUGAUGGAGAGGACCGUGGACAGUCGCGUCGCUGUUUGAGCUCUGUGGAGAUCUAUAACCCAGAUACAGACACCUGGAGGGCGGGACCGACCUUGCCCAUGUCCCUGCUCUCCCUCCGAACCAACGCCUCCAAUGUAGGAGUAUUGGAGGGAAAGCUCUACCUCUGUGGAUACUACAAGGGGGCUGGCCGUCAUGAGAUCAUCACCAAGGAGAUUCUGUUACUGGACCCCGCGGACAAUGUGUGGACGGUGGUGGAAAGACGAGCAGCCAUGCACGACAGCUAUGACGUCUGUCUGGUGGCCAACCUCAAUCCUCGAAACCUCUUCGCACCCUGAUGCAUCUCCUCCUGGCUCUGAGCAACAAUGAUAGGGGCCAUGAUGUGUGGGAAAUCAGCUUCUGCCUUCUAAACCUCAUACAAAUGUAUCUAAACCUGGCUUAACGCCAGGAUUUCACAUGUAUCGACAGCAAGAGUGAAAUCUGGAUGUCUAGUUGGUUGCCUUCCUAAAAAACAGAAUACUCUGUGUUCUUUUAAACUUAGGUGUAAAAGUCUGUGAGAAGUGUUUUCCUUUUCAAUUUCUAAUCUUUAUGAACAAUUAGGAAAUCCUCAUAAACAACAAAGAUGGGUUAGUUUCUUUGGAAAUGACUCAUAUGACCUUUCCGAAAGUUAUUCAUAUGAAUGUUCUUAAACUACUUGAUUAAGAGCAGGGAGAGAAUGGUUUAAAGAAACCAGUGUCUUCUGCUAGUGGGAAACAAGACGCAAAUUGUAGUCUCUGAUGUGUCCUUCUGUAAAAUGUCUACUUCCUCCAGUUUCCUCUGAGAGACGACAGUUAUUAGGGUUGAAAACAUAUUUAGUUUUUAAUAUUAUAGUUUAAUUUAUGCUCAUUUACUUUUCUUUUGCUAAGGGUUGGAUGAGAAUUAUGAUACCAAACUCAACUCAUACCCAGCAGAUAAUUAGUUUAGCCUUGCAUAAAGACUGAAAGCAGCAAGUCUGGCUCUGUCCAAAGGUUAAAGAAACAAAAUCCACCUAGCAGCACCUUUAAGGCUGACUCAUUAACAGAACAUGUUAUAGCUCAUUCAGUUAAUGCACUCUUGUCCUCACCAUGAGGUCGCCAGAGAACCAGUAGGGGGUCUUUUUUUUUUUUUUUUUUUACAUUUUUCAAGGAUUUUAACCUUUGGACACAGUAUUCAUUUAGUUGCAGUCUGCAACCUCACCACUAGAUGUCGCUACAUCCUACACACUGGUCCUUUAGGCCUGUUGUUUUUCUGGUCUUCUUGGUGGUCUUGUAGCUAUAUUGGCACUUUACGAGAUAAUAUACUUAGAAAGAGUUAAUAAAUGGUUAUUAAUGUCUUUACUAA